UUUGAAGCAAAGGCUCAAAGUUACACAGCUGGAACUUAGCAAAAUAACAAUUCCUGGUUGUUACAGCAUAUUAUUGUUGUUGUUAAUAUAUCGCAAACUGGUCAAAUCAUCCACUAGUCCCACAAACUGGAAAAAUUUUACUCACCACAAAUUCAUCCCUGCACACCUGACGAAUGAAAACCAAAAAAGUUUAACAUUCAUAAACUCGUCGAAAAUAAAUCAAGAAAUCGUAGAGUUGUACAAAUAAUUUUUGUUUACAAUAGCUAAGGAGUGAAGAAUAAUUACGAUCCAAAAAAGGUUUGGGAAGGGUUCUUUCAUUUCCAUAAAGUAGCGGUAUAUUGUUGGAAAUAGCUACGGAAAUUUAUACAUUUCCAACUCUGGAAAUAAUAGUUUAACAUCAUUAAUAAAAAGUUAUCUAAUUAUGUCCAACUUACAACGCACUAUUCUAAAAAAUAGACUACCACCCACAAUUCCUGGUGGACGCAUCGGAAGAAGCGAUUCAUUCAAAAAGUCUCGGAUCAGAGAUUUCAAACCGGCACUCUGGAGUGACUUCUUUGCUGAAAAGCAGGAUGUGAUUUUAGAUGAGAAGCGAUCUUUCCGCAUUUAUCGCACAAAGCAUCCGCAGAAGCCCGGUCCGAUUUUACUUUUACUACAUGGUGGAGGUUAUUCAGCAUUGACAUGGUCACAUUUUUGCGUGGAAAUAACUCGAAUAAUUCAUUGUCAAUGUCUUGCUAUUGACUUACGCGGUCAUGGUGAUACGAAAACAGAUGACGAAGAUGACCUUUCCUCAGAUACGCUUGCUAAAGAUAUAGGCGAUCUUGUGCUGCAACUUUAUCCAGAAAAUAUUCCACCCAUCUACCUCGUUGGUCAUUCAAUGGGCGGAGCUAUUGCCGUCCAUUUCGCGCACAAGGCAAUCAUACCAAGUAUUAUUGGUAUUACCGUUAUUGAUGUAGUAGAAGGCACUGCAAUGGAAGCUUUAGCCAGUAUGCAAAGUUUUCUGCGUUCACGUCCCACUCACUUUAAAAGUAUACCAAAUGCUAUUGAAUGGUGCAUACGAAGUGGUCAAAUACGUAAUGUGGAAAGCGCCAAAGUCUCAAUGCCGGGACAAAUUAUCAAUUGCACAACGAAGCAGCUGGCAACAAAUGAGCUGCCCUUAUCAGAAGAUGAAAUUGAAGAUGGUGCUUCAGCGAGUUGUUUUACACACCCUUUUAGUAUUUCUGAAGACGAAGAAAUGGGAAGUGAUACUGGUGAGGCUACCGGAACUUCUACUAACCCUACACCUGCAGGUGGUGAAAGUGACAACAGCUCCGAGUCGUCAGAUUUUAAAAAACCAUUUGCAACACAAAAUGAAAAUGCGAAAAGGUACACUUGGCGUAUUGAUCUGUCCAAAUCAGAAAAAUACUGGGUUGGUUGGUUUACUGGUUUAAGUGAAAAAUUUUUAAAUCUUCGUGUACCAAAACAACUGUUGUUGGCCAGCAUUGAUGGUUUGGAUAAGGCGUUAACUGUUGGCCAAAUGCAAGGCCGAUUUCAAAUGCAAGUUUUGGCAAGAUGUGGACACGCUGUACACGAAGACCGUCCCCACGAAGUAGCCGAAGUAAUAAGUGGCUAUCUGAUACGCAAUCGCUUUGCGGAGGCCGCAGGCGAAUUUCACUUUCACUUACCAGCUUGUUAAAGAUUUUAGUGCCAAUCAGCAGUAUAUUGAAGUGAAAUGCUUUUAAGUAUUUAAAUUUAAAUAGUCAAAGAAGCUUAAAUAAAAACAAAGUUGUAAAAUCAUAUAGAUUAUUUCACAAAUAAUUAACAUAUUUCAAAAACUUAUAAUUAUAUUGGGAAAGUACUAACUUAAAAUUCAAAUAUGUAUUACUAAAUUAUAAAAAAAAAAUAAAUAAUUUUAUUCAGU